AUGGAUCAACGUUUGGAUCAAGUGGUCAAUCAGUUGACUGAUCGGAUGGCUAACUUGAUCAAUCGUAGGAGGCAACGACACAAUGAUGGGUAUGGUACUGAUCUUAGUAAUCCAUUUGGUGAUAGUUCGGAUUCCGAUGACGAACAGGAAGGUGGACCAAGGGAAGAGCGUGGAGACGGUAAUCGGCGUUGGGAGUCGGGAAUGCGGACUAGCAUUCCAGAAUUUGAUGGUGACACUUUGAAUCCAGAAAAUUUCAUUGACUGGCUUGUUGUGGUUGAAGAGGUGUUCGAAUUCAAAGAGGAAAACCCUAAUCCACAAGAACAAGAAACUGAAGCUAAUAAUGAGGUUAGGCAAAUGGAGGAGCAGUUCGAUCAGUAUUCUCAGGAAAUAGAAAUAGAAAUAGAAAUAGGGCAAGGUUCUAACCCAACUCAGCUGUUACAGAAUUUAAAGCAGGGAUCCAAAACGGUUGAAGAUUAUACAACAGAGUUCUAUCAGUUGGUGGCUCAGAAUGAUAUCCAACUUGUCUCUCGUUACAUUGGUGGUCUAAGGCUUCUGAUUAUGGAGUCUGUGAAUUUGUUUGAUCCGAUGACUAUUUCUGAUGCACAUCAGCGUGCCCUGGUUUUUGAAAAGCAAAACCGACGUAGUGGUGGUUCAGCCUCAUCUGCCUUGACAGGAGGUAGUUCGGGUUCAGGCAAUGUGGCGUCUCGUUUUGUGCCCAACCAAGCAAAACCGGCUGGUGGCGCUUCUGGAUCUAGUUCUAAAGGGGCCGGUACUAUUAACAUGAAAUGUUUUAAUUGUGGAGAGACGGGUCAUCGCCAGGCAGAGUGUAAAAGGGCUGAGAAGAGACACUUGUUUAACGAACCUGAUGGAUGGGAAGAUGAUGAUGAGGUUGGUGAGACUUAUGAAGAUGGCCCGGUUUAUGAUGAGGAGCCUGAGUAUGAAGAAGAGGAGGUGGCUGGAGAUGUGGGGUUACUGGUGGUUAGGCGCUCAUGCUAUACACCAAAGGCCAGUGAUGAUGAUUUUUCUGAGGAGGCUGUCAGAAAGCUAGGUUUGAAGACGGAGAACCACCGUAAACCUUAUAAGCUCCAGUGGCUCAAGAAGGGAGGCGAGGUACAAGUCAGUAAGCGUACCCUUGUUUCUUUUUCUGUUGGUAAAACAUAUAAGGAUGAUGUGUUGUGUGAUGUGGUACCUAUGGACGCUUGUCAUUUAUUGUUGGGGAGGCCUUGGGAAUAUGAUCAAUGCGUAGAGCAUAACGGGCGUUCUAAUACCUACAGUUUUAUGUUUGAUAAUGUGAAGAUAACUUUGUUGCCUAAUAAACCCAAGGAAGUAGCCGCCAAACCCACUGGUACCCUGUUGACUCUUUCUCAGUUUGAGAAUGAAUUGGAGGUGGGAGAUGAUGUUUUUGUGUUGAUUGGUAAGGAAGUGGUUGACGGGGUCAACAUCCCUGAUGCUAUGGUUCCUUUGCUUGAAGAAUUUUCUAAUGUUUUCCCUGAUGAAUUGCCUGAUGGAUUGCCACCUUUGCGUGACAUCCAACAUCAUAUUGAUUUGGAGCCUGGGUCACAGUUACCCAAUAGACCACAUUACAGGAUGAGCCCUGGUGAGCAUGAAGAGUUGUGA